AGCUAGCUGGGCUCCGAUCGUGGAGUUGAGGUUACUGCUGAAACGUAUCAAUCGGCCAUUGACGACGAAGUAAUUUUCUAGUCGACAAUCUUCUCCGAAAAUGAACGACACUGAUGUCUCCAACCAAAUCCACCAGAUGGUGAGGUUUAUCCAGCAAGAAGCUGAAGAAAAAGCCACCGAGAUUUCUCUCUCCGCCGAAGAGGAGUUCAAUAUCGAGAAGCUUCAAUUGGUCGAAGCCGAGAAGAAGAAGAUCAAGCAAGAAUAUGAACGGAAAGAGCGCCAAAUUGAAAUUCGAAAGAAGAUUGAGUACUCAAUGCAGCUGAAUGCAUCUCGGAUCAAAGUUCUUCAAGCUCAAGAUGACAUUGUUAAUUCAAUGAAAGAAGUUGCAGCCAAGGAACUUUUGAAGGUGAGCCAUCAUCACCUUGUUGAGGAUAUUUUGCAUCUGGGCCAUCAUGAGUACAGAAACCUUCUAAAGGGUCUCAUUGUUCAGAGUUUGCUAAGACUGAGAGAACCUUCUGUCUUGUUGAGAUGUCGGAAACAUGACUUGCACAUGGUAGAGCAUGUGCUUGAUGAAGCCGCACAAGAGUAUGCUGAAAAAGCAGGUGUUCAUCCACCAGAGAUCAUUGUUGACCACGAUGUCUAUCUUCCACCUGCACCCAAGCAUCACAAAACUCACGAUCCCUACUGCUCUGGUGGGGUGGUGUUGGCUUCUCGCGACGGAAAGAUUGUGUGUGAAAAUACUCUUGAUGCACGACUGGAUGUUGUGUUCCGUCAAAAGCUUCCAGAGAUCCGAAAACAGCUCUUUGGACAAGUUGCUGCUUGAAGACUUUCAUUGCAUUUGUUUCCCCUGGAAUACAUGUAUCAUGAAUAGAUGCCAUUGCUUAUCUAAACUUGUUUCAUAACUCCAUUUAUUUUAUAGAGCCAGUUCUCAUAUCAUGUUUGAUGUGGGGGCAUGCAGCAUUCAAAUUUUAUUUAUUUAAUUGAUGAAUAUUGUCACCUUGACAGAGUUUGCUCCAACGAGUUGCAAAUAAUAUGUUGGACAUUGUUGCCAA